GCGUUGCCUCGCGAACCCGCCACGCCACACUCGCUCCUAUUUACAUAUUACGAGUUUUGAAAAAAGAAUACAAAAUGAGGGAAUGUAUCUCCGUCCACAUCGGCCAAGCGGGCGUUCAGAUCGGCAACGCCUGCUGGGAACUGUACUGUCUGGAGCACGGCAUCCAGCCUGAUGGCCAGAUGCCUUCGGACAAGACCCUGGGAGGCGGAGACGACUCGUUCAACACCUUCUUCAGUGAGACCGGGGCGGGGAAACAUGUGCCCAGGGCUGUCUUCGUUGACCUGGAACCUACAGUAGUUGACGAGGUGCGCACUGGCACCUACCGUCAGUUGUUUCACCCAGAACAACUUAUCACUGGCAAGGAAGAUGCCGCGAACAACUACGCCAGGGGGCACUACACCAUUGGCAAGGAGAUCGUUGAUGUCGUCCUCGACAGGAUCAGGAAACUCGCAGACCAGUGCACAGGACUUCAGGGUUUCUUGGUGUUCCACUCUUUCGGCGGCGGCACCGGCUCCGGAUUCACCUCCCUGCUGAUGGAGAGGCUCUCCGUCGACUACGGCAAGAAAUCCAAGCUUGAGUUCUCCAUCUACCCCGCGCCUCAGGUGUCGACAGCGGUGGUGGAGCCUUAUAACUCUAUCCUGACAACCCACACGACCCUGGAGCACUCGGACUGCGCCUUCAUGGUGGACAACGAGGCCAUCUACGACAUCUGCCGGAGAAACCUCGACAUCGAGAGACCCACGUACACCAACCUCAACAGGCUUAUUGGACAAAUUGUGUCCUCAAUCACAGCUUCUCUCCGUUUCGACGGCGCCCUGAACGUGGACCUGACAGAGUUCCAGACUAAUUUGGUGCCGUACCCCCGCAUCCACUUUCCGCUGGCCACGUACGCGCCCGUCAUAUCCGCUGAGAAGGCCUACCAUGAACAGCUCACUGUCGCAGAGAUUACCAACGCUUGCUUCGAGCCAGCCAACCAGAUGGUAAAAUGCGACCCGCGUCACGGCAAAUACAUGGCUUGCUGUAUGUUGUACAGAGGAGACGUGGUACCCAAGGACGUGAAUGCCGCCAUUGCUACCAUUAAGACCAAGAGGACCAUCCAGUUCGUGGACUGGUGCCCCACAGGAUUCAAGGUCGGCAUCAACUACCAGCCGCCGACCGUGGUGCCGGGCGGAGACCUUGCGAAGGUGCAACGUGCAGUCUGCAUGUUGUCCAACACCACCGCCAUUGCCGAAGCUUGGGCCAGACUGGACCACAAAUUCGACCUGAUGUACGCUAAGCGCGCCUUCGUCCACUGGUACGUGGGUGAGGGCAUGGAGGAGGGGGAGUUCUCCGAGGCCCGGGAGGACCUCGCCGCCUUGGAGAAAGACUACGAGGAGGUCGGAGUGGACUCCACUGAGGGCGAACUGGAUGAGGAAAACGAAUAUUAGAUACUAGAAUCGAGAUUAGAGAGGGAAAUCUGAUUGCUAUAUACGGUAUUGGAUGCGUUGACGUCAGAAGUUUUGAGGUUAUAUUAUGCGUCUUGGCGUUUACAAAAGUGUUAUUAAUCUAGAUAACACGUAUGAAUUGUUUUCAGGAAAAAUAUUACACUAAGGACUAAAAAAAGAAGUUGUAACGUAAAUUAAGUUUUAAAUUUUUUUAAUUUUGGAAUGCUCGUGAAAAGACCGAUUCAGUUCAGUUCACUUUAAACAUGUGAACAUAUAUUUUUUGUUCAUUCUUGGCUUUGCUUGAUCGUAGAAUUACAUAAUGUUUAUGAGAUAUAUUUGACCAGCCGUAGCAGGCACGCGCGACGCAGUUUAUAUCGCGCGGAAAACUAUCGUUGUUUCGCUUUUUAUUAUAACGUUAAACGGGACGGCGAUAGUUUUAAACGCCACAAAAAAUCGUAGCGCGUCUCGUCUGAAAAAGAAAGGCUGUUCCAUUUUGAGUAAUCAGACUUUGUAAUACCCUUUUAACUAUAAGUUUAAACAUUUUUAAUUCUAAGAUAGCGUGAACGGUGGCUUGAUUAACAGUACAAACUUUUGAAAAAUCUUUCAACACUGAAAUGUAAAGUUUGUUUAUCUGUAAGCUAAUAUAUGCAUUUAUUACAUUAUUAAUAUUCGUGAUAAUAACAUUCGUAAGGCUAGAAUUACAACUGUAAUAUCAGAUUUAAGAUUAAAAUUGCAAUUGUAAUGUAAGCUAACUAUUUAAGAGUUUUAUCUUAAUUGUGCUUCUUGUAACAGUAUGAUUUAAUUUAUUUUUAUUGCACAA